CGAAAAAUAAAGAAUGAGCUGCCUGCAAAAUGUAAAUUCAAAAGUCCCAUUUCCAACGCGACAUUUGCCGCACAAAGCCACUGAAACACCAGAAAACCAAAAUGCACUUAAAUUUCUGAACCCUAAUUCCCAAUCUCCCCUCUCGCUUCUUAGCAAGAAUGGCCUCCAAAUUCCCCGACGAACCACCACGCGAUACGCAGGGAACGGACAAAGGAAGCAUCGCGCUCAGGGAGAAACGGUCGCGGCGCGUUAGCUUCGCCGACCGAGAGAUCACCUCAAUCCACAUCUUCAAGCGCGAUGAUGAGUACGAGACCCCGCCAGACUCUACUCCGAAGCAGGCCUCUGAAACGGAAAAGGAAGUAACUGAGCUCUUUAGGGAUUUGGUGGAUAGUGAUGACUCCACCAGUGGUGGCGACGACGAGGAUGACAACGACGACGUUAUGAGUGCCGGAAAGUUGUUCUUGAGGCCGAUAGACACGCCAUCUCCUGGUGGAAGUAGCACAGUUGGAUCUGCUACCUCCAAUGAUGAUGAUAAUUUUUUUGGACCUGUGUCUGCAAACUUUAUUCGAUCUGGAAGGUUAUCUGAUUCUGCUGCUUCAGAUGAUAACCAUGAUAUCACAAUGGAUUCGACAACAUUUUCGAUGCAUUUUCGCAGCAUUGCACGAUCAGAAUCAGGAGAUUUCGAUACUUCAACGGGAGUUCCUCUUCCAUCUGAAGAAAAGACUCCUUUCCAAGCUAGAACAUCUUCUGAUCUGGAAAGUUCUAUGGUGUUAACAAAAGUGGGGAAACUAAAGUCUCCAUUGGCUGUACCUAUUAAUGGAGGUUCCAAUGACAUGAGUAUUGUUGGAGAAAGCAUGCAUCGGUAUGAUUAUGGGAGGCUCCCUCCUGCAUUAGAAGCACUCUUGGCUAAAGGCAGUGAAUUUAAUGCCAUCCCUGCUUCUCGUUCUGUUAGGCCAAAAUUAUUAACAAGUGCUGUAUCUCAUGGUAAUGGUAAUGGUAAUGACUGCACGGAACCCUUGCAUUUUGGGGAUUCAGAGCUCUGCACCCGUAAUAAUAAUGAUAUUUCGGGUAAGGGCACUUCUAUUGCUCAUAACUCACUGGUUGAGGCAACGAGUGAUACAACAACCACUCUUGCAGCUAAAAUUUUGCGUGACUGCUCGUCAAACUCAAAGGAUAGUCCAGUUGCUGAUGAUUUUGUUGAUCAUCAAACUCCUAAGCAGCUGAACAAAGGAGACAAUGAGAAUUCUGAAGUUCAGUCUGGAACACGUGUGUUGAAUUUGGAGUCCAUUGCUAUCACUAAUGGUACUCCAGUGAACCGGAGCAGUGAAGCUUUUCAGUUAGAGUUGGUCAGACAUUUUGAAAAUGGAAAUCAGCUGCCAACUAUUGAUGGGCUGAACGAAAAUUUUCCUCAGCUGCAUGGAUCUCCAUUAGCGGGGUCCAUACAUUCAUUAUCUGCUAAAAGACAACAAAUUCUUCUGGAUACUACUAAUUCACCCAGACGUAUGCUAUUUGUUACUCCUUCACCAAAGCAAUCAGGUUCUGUUUUGAGCAAGGGAAGUAUAAAUGAAGGUGGGACUGUGGCUUCCAUUCUGAAAAGUAAUUCUGAGUUAAAAAUUCCAGAGCCUUCUUCCUGUGCUUCUGCUUUCAGUGAUGGAGGUCCAAAGUCAAAACUUGGAUCAUCAGAGUCCCUUACUUCUAGAGCUUUGUCAUUCAACACAAUCAUGGAGGAAAUGAAUGAGGAUCUUCAGUGCCAACAGGAAAAUGCCUUCACUAAUAAUGGAGAGGAGAAGUUGUCUGGUGUUGGUCUGAAGCAGGGGGAGAAAGAUUGCAGUGGUCUUGGAACUCCAAAAAACGUUAGUAGUUUGAGCCAAGAUGGAGAGACCACAGGACUUGCAAAAGAUGAAUAUAAUGACAAAUCUACUGAAAUAAUGGCUAAAAUUACUUCACCUUCUAAGUUCACUCACUCAGGAAAGAAAGCGACAAAUCAUUCGUUGACACCAGUAGAUUCCGCAGAUGCCGCACUAGUAGCUUCCACUUUUAAUUCCUCGCCAAAGGAUAUUGCACGUGAAAUAAGCAAAGAUAAGAGAGAUACUGAUACACUUUAUAAGCUUGUUUCUCCUCUAGUGAAUAGGUUAACUGAGAAGUUGUCAUCAUCAACGGGGCAUAAAGAUAGUCUGUUUGGCAGUUUAAAGCUUCACAAUGAGGAUAAUAUUGCCAUUAUUUCUAGACAAGAGUGCAACUCGGUAGAAACCGUUCCUAGCAGUAACAAUUUAACUGCAAAAGCUGAAAACAGAACACCACCAAGUGCACCGCUUGUUGACUGUUUAAUAAACACUUCUGCAGUAAAAGUGGUGGAUGAAAGAGAAAGUAAUGGAUUUGAUUUGCAGAAUACUUUCUCAACCUCAAUGAACUUCCCUGAGGGGCCCAUCAGGAAGCUGCAGUCAGGAGGCCCAGGGAAAAAUACCCAGACUGCAGUUGAAAGAACCCAGUCCAGUGAACAUUUUAUCGAGGAACAGAUGCAAGCUUCUGUUUAUGCUUCCCCAGAUGCACAUGCAAGGAAAAAUGAGAGGUCGCCUCAAAAGAGCCCCUUUAGAAAGAAGCAAACUCAGAGUCCCACUUCAAAAGAUCCAAGUCUAUGCCCCUGCAGGAAAGAAAUGCAUAAUGCAUUACAUGGUGACAAUAUGCAACUCUCUGUUGCAAAAGGUGUGGUAUCUCUUAACUGCAGUCCAAAUGUACACAGGAUUGAUGACUGUCUUCGAAGAUCUAACCCUAGUCCUGUCCAAGACAUCCAGAACAUUUCAAAAAGAAAAAGGACUAGUGAAGAAGUAGCUUGUGUAGAUGUGCAACAUUCAGAUAAUAAUAUCCAAAUGCAGCAUGGUCUGAAAUUUUGUAAAGUUGGAGAGAAAAAUAUGGACCACACAUCAGAAUAUUCUUAUGGAAGUAACAUAGAAAAUGAAAGGAUUGAAGGUGUCAAGAUAUUGAUGAAUCAGACUGAUAUUUCUCUCAAACUAUCAGCAGAUACAAAUCAGCUACUGUCUCCAUGUUUUGAUAAACUAAAUAUAAAAAUGAUAAACAAGUUGGAAGAUAAAUUGCUUCAUCAGCAGAAGGUUAAUAUAUUAGAGUUGCUUUGUUCUGAAAUCCAAUCCCAGCUUUGCUCACAGUCAUACAAUGAAUCCUGCAAUAUUCUACAUAAAAGGGUAGCUGAAACAAGACAAUUGCUCUAUAGAAUAGUCUAUGGAAAGGCUAAAAUGCAGUUGAUGCAUGUGAAGCGUGAAAGAUUGCUGAAACAGGUAGAGUUACUAAGAACCGGAGUUCGGAAGUCUCAAAUGUUGAAGUUAAAUUGUGCCAAACAUCAUUCUGUUUCUGCUGAAAAGGACACUAAACUUGGCGAUAAUUCAUGUUCAGUUACAUUCUUGGACAACCUUGAGGGAGCCGGUGGUAAAGUUAGCACAAUGAAGCGUGAAGUUGAAGCUCUGGAAAAGAAAAUAAAAAAUUUAACCAAGUCUUUUGACAUUUACUGCAAGAUAAAAGGAGAACAGAGUUCUUCUGGCACUAUUGAAUUGGUCAAUGAUCAUCUAAAGAAGAGAACUUGUUGCAGAUUUAUACGCCAGGAUAUUCAAUUGUGGGAGGUUGACAAUUUGCAGAACAGGAAUGGCCAUCACAAUAUUGUUCUCAACUACCGUGGGUUUAUCAGUCAGAGUCUCACGUUAAAUACUGGUCGAGGUUCAAGCAUUUUUGUUGCAAACAAAUUGAAUGAUAUGAACAUCAGUAAGAACUUCCCAAACAUGGAUGCUUGCUUUGCGUUUCGUUUUGUCUUUAACCAUGAACCGACAAAGAAGUAUGUUGGCCCCAAAAGUUUGGCACAGGAAACACAAAGAACCUGUUCACUUUUAAGAAAUUUGCUUGAUGUGGUUGAGGAAGUACGGAUAGCACGGUUAGAGAUUAGAAAUAUGACUCUAAAUAGCUUUAAUUCUCCAUCAGCUAAGCAGCUGGAUUUGCAGUUUGCUUUCAUUGAUUUUGACAGUGGUGUAAAGGUGACAAUGACUCUUGACAUGACUUGUUUGAACUGUGGAGUUUAUCCUUCAGAUAUCCUACCUUAUCAGUUACAGACUUCUGCCACUGGGACCGAAAGCCUAGCACUCUCAGCUGAAAUUAAAGCAGCGGUUGGGAACCUUAGAUCUGGAUAUUCGAGGAUUAUAAGGAUCUGUAGGUGUGUUUCCCAGGUGAUUCAAUCUUCAGGCAGGUGAUGAGGGUUUCUAGCAUCUUAAAGAAGACAGGAGGGACAUCAACAAUUUGUUGGAGUCCUUUCAAUAUUUGCUUGUGUGAGCAUGAAGUUUCUCUGUAAAUUGUAUUCUGCAUGUUACAACUUGCCCUGACAUCCUUAGUAAGUCAUGAUUACAUUUCUUUCUCAAAUUUGUGGAACAAUUUUUUGUGGUUGUGUAAAUCUUUGUCCUGGGGCACCUUAAAGUAGCCUGUUUAGCUGAACCCGAUGAGUUUGAAGUAAAAUGAACUCUUUUAGCAGGCUAA